AAGUGUAUAUUUUUUAAGAGAGAAGUUUUUGAUUUACGGUAUUCAAUUAUUACCUUAUAAAAAGGGCGGUGCCGAACCGGGCGAUGAGUGGCACUCAUAUUAAUUAAAACUUAAUUUCAAAAUACCGCUUUCUUAAUAUGGAACACAAUACUUGAACCGUGUGGACCCUUUAAAAAAUUAAAAAAUAUAGUUUUAUAUAAGAAACAAAAUUACAUUAAAUAAAAACUGACAUGUUUAAGCUCGAAAGAAAUAAACGGCUUGAACUUCCUUUAUGUUGUUGAUUUUUAUUUAAACGGAUAUUUUUGUGGUUACUAUAAAAUGGAAAAACAUAUUAAUUUGGCAUUUGUUUUGGGACUACACAUACAUUCGAUGUGUUUGGCGUCGUUGAACAGGGGGAUAUGGGUGUGCCACUACCCAUGUCAAUGUGAGAAACGUGAACUCAACUGUGUUGACGGCGUUCCCGUCCUCCUUGACGGUUGCGGGUGCUGCUACAUGUGCGCACGACAGAACGGUGACCUGUGCAGCGUCAGAGACGUAUGUGACGUCAAGCAUGGCCUGUUCUGCGAUAUGACUGUGGGAGCUUCACCUGGCACAGGAGUCUGCAAAGCGAAUGCAUCCAAGCCAUGCGUGGUGAACGGUCAGACGUACGCAGACGGCCAGCAGUUCAAGCCCGAGUGCUCCAGGCUGUGCACAUGUCAGAAUGGCCACUACGGCUGCGUGGACCUGUGCCCGGACGAGUUCCGUAUUCCAUCCAUAAAACACUGCAGCCAACCGAAACUUAUGACCGUCCCUGGACAGUGCUGCCCGCAGUGGACGUGCGAGCGACAGGAAACGGUCCCGGAACCCACUUCCGGCACGAGUGGCGGCAUCCAGCCGCGACACAUCGGCGACAAGGCGUAUCCGCCCGCUCUCGAGAUGCAGUCAUACACUAUUUACGAGCCUAAGAAAGAGAGCCACACUGCGCUACCGAAGUGCGCAGAGAACGUGACGUCAUGGAGCGCGUGCUCGAUGUCAUGUGACGUGGGCGUAUCUAAAAGGCGGAUGAUUGACAGGCGAUGUGAAGAGAAGGAGGAGACCCGACUGUGCUACUUACGACCAUGUGGCAUAGAAUUACCAACAUCGGGAGGUAAAUGCACGCCAACGACGCGCAAUGGCCGGCAGCACAUUCGGUACGCCGAUUGUAUCAGCGUCAACGACUGGAAACUGAAGUUCUGCACCACGUGCCGGGCACGCCGAUGUUGCUAUCCCCGUCGGGAGAGAACCCGACGGAUUGAGUUCCAGUGCGGAAACGCCCGCCGGGAGAAAUUCGAUUUCAUGUGGAUAAAAAGCUGUCGCUGUGACCGACAAUGCUAUAAGCCCGCUCCGGAGGCGAAUAAAUCUAACAAACAUGAGCUGGAAAAUAUAUAUUACGCCCCUAAAAAGCCGUAACAGUUUUGUGUUCCGGUGAUAAUAACACGUCAAUACAACUGUAUAAGGCAUACAAUUUGCUUAUACGCGCGAUGCAUUCAUUCGGUUUUGGCGAAAUUUGUUGUACAGGAAAUGUGAUGGAGACAUUGAUGGAAAGCACAUGUUUACUUGAGCACUACUGUUGUUGUUGUCUCUGUAAUAUCAUAAUUGCGUUGAAAAUCAUGGUGACUUGAUGUGAAGUGUGUUAUUUAAAGGCUUGAUGGUUGUAAAUACUUACUGUUUCGGGUUGUUGAACAUUACAAUAUCGACUUGAGUAUGACCAACGUAAUCUCAAAUCACACGACGUCGUCGAGAUGAACUAAGGUGUUUUAAUAUAUGACCUUGACGUAUUCAUAAGUGUAAAAAACUCACAUGAAUUGACAAUAUGCAUAUUUGACAGUAAACGUUUUACUUUUAAUAUGUAAGGGCAUCAUGGACACGGUCUGUUAGGAUUUUGAAAAAUCUGAGAACAUGUCAUGUAAAUUUCCACAUAAUUAUACAUAAUUAUAUAUAAUAAUUGUCGCGUUUGAACUGAUUGUAUAACAUAUACUUCUUACCGAUGUGUGUAUUAUGACACAUUUUGUUUACGGGUUGAUUAUUUAUUCUAUAUGUCGUUGGUAUUGUUUACUACAUAUUGUGUUUAUGUUGUAUAACAAGUAAAGUUAAAGGUUCCCCCA